AUGGAGGAACUUGUGGAAUUCUGCAAUCAGGCCAGGGCGGAGGUAGCGGCCAAGGUCGAGAAGCCGGCCGAAAUCUCUUACCGAAGCCACCCCAAGGACCUCGUUCCAAGAGACAAACCCAUUCGCGAACCGAGGUACUCCCAUUACACUCCAUUAAACACUAGCCGAUCGGCUGGCUUAGACCAAGGACUUGCUUCAGAGGUCCUGGCAGUGCCGAAGCGAGUCGCGACCCCUCCUCGUGCUGACACUAGCAAGUCCUGCAAAUAUCAUCGCAACCGGGGUCACUCGACCGAACAAUGUGCAGCUCUCAAAGACAAGAUUGAGGACUUAAUCAAAUCCGACAAGCGUCCCCACAGGGAAAGAAGCCGGUCGAGGGGCCGAAAGGAAGACGAUCCGACAACCCAACCCCGAAGGGUCAUUAAUACUUUCGCCGGCGAAUUCGUAGGCGGCAGCUCUACCUCCUCAGCACAGAAGAGACACCUGCGGGCUGUCCUAACUGUCCACGCGGUCGAACGCACCCGACAGAGAUUACCGGCCAUCACUUUCACCGAGGCCAACUUCAAGGGCAUUGAUCCUGACCAGGACGACCCCAUGGUCAUCAGCGUCGAGAUCCACAACUGCAUUGUUCGGAAGACGCUGGUCGAUCAGGGAAGCUCGGCCGAUAUCUUCUAUUGGAAUACCUUCAAACAACUCGGCAUCCCGGAGGCCAAGCUGAUCCCCUACAGCGAGCCUUUGGUUGGAUUCUCUGGUGAACUUGUCCAAACCAAAGGGUACAUCAAGUUAUCCACUCGCUUCUGCUUCGAUGGAGCCGAAGCCCGAGACAUCCCGGUCAAGUACGUGGUUGUGCACGCCAACACAUCAUAUAACAUCCUUCUUUGA